AUGCCAUACAGUCUCAAAGGGAAGAAUGUGCUUGUCGCGGCAGGCUCAAGGGGCUUGGGCGCCGUCAUAUGCCAGAAAUUCGCGGCUGAGGGGUGCAAUGUAGCCAUUAACUAUCACUCAAGCCGUGAGGUCGCGGAAGAUCUUGCCAGUAGAUUGGCGAAAGAGUACUCUAUCAAGUCCAUUGUUCUCCAAGGGGACUCUGAACUCCCAGAGGACAAUCAACGUAUUGUUCAGGAGGCGAAUGAGCAACUAUCGGGCUUGGAUAUUGUCAUUGCCAAUGCUGGGUGGACUCGGUUCGCUGACAGGCGGGACAUUUAUGACCUAUCCUUUGAGGAAUGGGACAAGUGUUGGAAAGUGAACGUUAUGUCGCAUGUACAACUCAUGCAAGCGGCUAAGCCGAUAUUCGACAAGAAUCCUGACGGGGGUGUCUAUAUAAUGACGUCGUCUAUCGCAGGAAUCACUCCGGACGGAAGCAGCAUGGGCUACUCUGUGACCAAAGCCGCUGCUUUGCACCUGAUGAAGCACCUUGCGUUAUCCGUGGGACCAAAGAUCCGGGUCAAUGCUGUUCUACCGGGGCUGUUGUUGACGGAUUGGGGUAAAAAGUACGGCGACACGGCGAUUGAGUGGAUCAAUCAAAAGGCCAUCCUAAAGCAUGAGACCGACCUGGAGGAUUGCGCGAAUAUGUUUGUGACUUUGGCAAAAAAUACAUCCAUGACUGGACAGCAGAUUGUUGUUGAUUCGGGACUCUCCAUGGGAACUCCUCCUAGCAAAUAG